AUGGGUAACGUCAAAUCCACCCCCUGUGGUACCGAUACCUCAAUUUCUGCCCAUCAAUUUGCCCAGAUAAUCGAAAGAUUCGUUCAAGGCGUCAAUAUUGACGUUCAACCCAACAACGAUGCCCUGAUUGAGGAAUAUAUCUUCAAGCAACUUCUGGAAGAGGGUGUUGAUGAAAAGAAUGCAAUGAUCCAUGCGGUACGAGGAGCCUUGGUGUCCCGGCAGUUCUAUCCUUUCCAACCCCCCGAGCUUCGCCGUCUUACUGGUUUAUACACGGCAUAUUUCUUUGUUCUGGAUGAUACCAAUUCCGUGCAAGGCAGAAGCGACAUGCUGCGAUUCCGCCAAAACCUCCUCGAAAAUAGGCCUAUGCCAAAACCAUUUCAAGGGUGCGCGGCUCUUUUCAAAGAAUUGGACGAACAUUACCUGGAGUUCAUUGCGAACAGAGCCGUGAUUGGUUUGAUUAAUCACAUGGACUCCACUGCCCUGGAGGAUGGAAAGAUGGGAAAAUUCUCUCAUCUUCAGAAGUCCUCGGCUUUCCCUCAUUAUUUCAGAUGGAUGACAGGUAACCCAGAGCCCUUUGUUUACUUCGCAGCAUCCAAAGAUGUUUGCGCUGGUUAUGACAAAGCUCUGAAUUUGUUUAUCCAAGCCGCGCCAGACCUAUGCGAUUUCACUAACCACACAAACGACCUUUUCUCGUUUUACAAGGAAGCAAUUUUAUCUUCUGAGCAUGAUGGUUAUGUCUAUCAUCGAGUUCAAGCAGAAAAGAUCUCUGUGGUGGAAUGUUUGAAUCGUCUUGUCGAUGAGCUUCACGCAAGAAUUCAUCGUAUCAAAGCCACAUUGGUUAGUGAUCCGGAGGUAUCUAAGAUUGCAAUGGCUUAUGUCCGCGGCUAUCUUGGCUUCCACGUCACCGAGCCUCGCUAUAAGAUCAGCGAACUGAAUAUACCUUCCUUGAAGGCUAAGAUCAGGUGA